AAGCUCCUGCACCUUGAUUGGAACGGUGAAGGGUCUGUUAGCUUAGGGUUUAGGGCAGAGAAAGAAGCAAGAGAGAGAGAGAGAGAGAGAAUGGAGGGCGGAGAAGAAGGAGUGGAGAUGGUGGUGGACUCGAAGGACUUACAGCAACAGAGCAAAGCGUUGGACAAACUCACUGACCGCGUCGAAGAUCGCCAACUCGAUUCCACUCGCGUCCAAGAGGCCAUGGCUUCCAUCGCUGCUUCCGCCGAGGCUGAUCGCAAUGCCAUGCGCAUCAGGGAGAAAGAAUUAGCUGCUGUUAAGAUCAAUGCAGCAGAUGUUGAUAUAAUUGCAAAUGAACUAGAGUUGGACAAAAAGGUUGCUGAAAGAACUUUGCGGGAACAUAAAGGGGAUGCAGUUGCCGCCAUUCGGCACUUGCUUCACUAGAGAGGUGGAAUGAACAAGGGUGAAUGCUUUAGAAAAUUAUAUGUAUCAAUUAAUAUUGUUUUUCGACGAGUUUGAAUCUCGAAAGUAUACUAAGACCUAAUUUAUUAAGAAAUCUUAACUUUGUUAUUGUUCAACAGGGUUUACCUCCCUCAAAAUUUUUCUGUGCUGUAUUUUAUAUUGUUUGGAUA